UCCCUCUUUCGUCCUUCCCCACCACACCUUAUCCUUCUGCUCCUGCUUCUCCUUCCAUGGAUGCUUCUGAUUCUUCCUCCUCCCUUUGAAUUAAUUCCCCUUCUCACACCAAACAAACAAAACCCAUCUCAGAUUUCAAUUUCAAUCUCCAUCGCCAUCCAUGGCUACUUCUUAUGCCUCUGCAAGACCCACUCUCUCCUUCCAUCUCUAUCAACCCUCCGUUCCCAGUCCCAGAUUCAACUUCAAACCCCCCCUCGUUGCCUUUCCGCCGUUGCAGAGAUCGGCGGCGGCGAGACCCAUCCCCAUUUUCACCCUCAACUCCAUCGACGUCUCCAAAGAGGACAAACCCACUUCGGACGACCCGGAUUUGGCGGCGGUAGUUGGGGAAGAGGAGGCGGCGGAGGAGAAGUUGGACAGGCGGCGGAUAGAGGAGAAAUUUGCAGUGCUGAACACGGGGAUAUAUGAGUGCAGGUCGUGUGGGCAUAAGUUCGACGAGGCGGUUGGGGAUCCGACGUAUCCGAUAGCGCCGGGGCUGCCGUUCGAGCAGCUGCCGGAGGACUGGCGGUGCCCGACGUGUGGGGCAGCGAAGAGCUUCUUCGAGAGUAAGAGUGUGGAGAUAGCGGGGUUUGCUCAGAAUCAGCAGUACGGACUUGGAGGGAACACUCUGACUUCAGGUCAGAAGGCAGUGCUCAUCUAUGGAACCUUGUUCUUUUUCUUUGCUUUGUUCCUCUCUGGCUAUUUCUUGCAAUGAUAUGCUUCUUCAUGGAUCAUCAAUCAACAGGUGCAUUGAGUAAAUUGUAAAGGAGAUUGUGUAUUUUUUGACAAUAAAAACAAAUCAUACUGUUGAAUUAUAUGUAAAGUUCGCUCUCUUUGGUUCUUGAUCUUGGUGAAGAAUUGAAUUGAAGCCAA